AUCACCACCACCACCAACUCCUCCACCGUUGGCGGCGGCACUAUCCCAAACCAUCUUUUUGCUCGGGAUCUAAUCAAAUAAUCUCCUUUUUUCGAAAACCCAUUUCUUCUUUUUCAGGAUUUCUCCAAUCAAAUCUCUGCAAUUUCAUAUAUAGCUCAAAAGAGUGAAUAAGGUUGUGAAUUGUGAUAAUAUUAAAUGGGUCUUUCUACUUACCCAACUCCUUCCGAUGGAGGAGUACUUUGUGUUGUUUUGGUAAGCACGGUCAUGUCGAUCAAUAUGGUCAAGGGUUUGGUCAACUCAAUGCUCCGUGUGGCCGGUAUUCGAAGAACUACAUCAUCACUCGAAGAGUACACCAUUUCGAGAGAUGAGUACAACAUUGAUAACCAAUUACCUGAUUCACUUGAAUCGCGAGGCAGCCCUUCAAAAUGGUGGUAUAGUGAAGAGUUUCGAACCCGAAAUCCACCUAUCAAGUUCGGCUCAAUAUGUCAUCACGAACAAGAGUGCUCGGUUUGCCUAAACGAGUUUGAAGACGAAUCCUUAAUAAACCAGCUAGAAUGCGGCCAUGUUUUUCAUGCAAAUUGCAUGGAGAAAUGGCUGGACUGUUGGAACAUCACGUGCCCGCUCUGCAGGAGCCCUGUCAUGUCAUCCGAAGAGGAAGAAGAUAUGUCGUAUUUUUGUGACAGAUUGGAGUUCGAAGAGCUUGGAGCCAACUGAGCCAGAGCUGCGAACCAUGCCGGAGUUAGAGUUUGCGUUGCGGUGAUGCCGACACCUGAAGGAGCCAACGUGGGUGGUGGGCGAGCAAAGACACGAAACAACUAACUUGACAGGCGGUUUUCCAACUGGUGAUGAUGGUUGUGACAAUGAUGUUCUUUUUGAUGGAGAAUUAUCUCCUUCUGUCAUGCUUAAUGGAGAUGUUAUGUUGUUCAUCAUCAUCUUUUUCACAUCUAUUUCUGCUUUCUCAGGCAUUUCUUCCUUAAAGAAAUAAAUUAUAAAUAUUCAAUUAGGAUCCAAAAUUCAGAUAGAUUAUGAAAUAAGUUUACUUUCUUAAAGAAUCUAAAUUCAAAUUCAAUGAUAGAGGAACUUAAUUACCUUGGAUUAUUGAUAAGAUAACUUUUUUUCUUCAAUUUGCAAUAAUGAAGGAUGUUUCUUGUGGAGGAGAAUGAGAGAAAAUUAUUGAGACUAGAACAUGAAAGAUGAAGAGGGGAGUCCUUAAUUUUGCACCACUAUUUCAUUUUU